UUCCACUAUUAUUGCUGUGUCACUCAAGGUCGGCUAGCUAUCCACUAAUGCAGAAAUGUUUCUUUUUUUGUUAGAUUCUACGGAUUUUUGACUUCUGAGGGUGUGUAUGUCAUUGUUCUCUUUUCUCGUGAACUAACAUCACAUUUUGUCCAUUUUAGCUUUUUGUUUCAAUAAAAAACAUUGUUCAAGUUUAAAGUGUGGGAGCAUCAGUUGGGAAAUUGUAAGACCAUAUAUAUAGUAAGACUAUAUAUAUAGUGUCAAAUAUUGUUGUAAACAUUUUUCACAAACUUUUGAAAUGUUUUUAUUUGCAAUCAAAAAGUGGCGAUUAUUUUUCUAUUCAGUUUUCGUCACUCAAUUUUGGAAGUGGAUCACACAAAAUGUUUUUUAUUACGAAUUUACAAAUUACAACAAUUCUGAAUAUGCUUCAAAUGUUUCUAUAUACAUAACGAUGGUUCAAACAAACGACAUUUUUAAACCUUUAGCAAAGGCACACAUUUUUUCGCGGAUUAGGAUUUUCCAAAAACUUUGACUCAAUUUUUUCAAAAAUCUUUAGAAAUGUUAUAAUGUUUUUUCAAACGGUAUUAGGCCACAAACGGUAUUAGGCCAUUUAUUGGGUGUGGUAGUAGUAGUCCAUUUAUGAGUUAUGGAUGAGUUGUGUUUACAUUAUGGUGACAGACUGGAAAUUCCUAAAAAAAAAUAAAGAAAAGUGUAUGUAAGUUAAUAAUGACUUAGCAACGUUAAGAAUAUAGACAUAAGCGUUUACAUGUUGCCACAGACAACAAUUUUAGCAUUUCAAAGCAUCAAAAUGCCGUGUUUUGUUUGAGAAUAUUAUAACGGUUUAGUUAACAAUAAUGAACACUUACCAAAGUCUGGAAAAUCAUGUGAUCAAAAUUAUUAGGUUUAGUUUUGAACAGUAGAACUUUAAUAUUUAAAUUUUGUUCAAAGACUGCAUACUUUUCUUGAAUUAUGAAAAACUAUAUUCUCUUUGCAAUGUACAACUUCACUUUCAGAAAUGGUUCAAACUUCCAACGUAAUAUCCUUCUUCAACGUAAUAUCCUAUAUUCCUUCUUUACAACUUCGGGCACAUGCUGCUGAUUUUUUUUCAAUUUUGAACUUCAGUUUGCAUACUGUGGGUUCAGACUUUUUCAAUAAAAAUAAUUUUUGGAAAGUCAGAUUUACGUGCGUUUUGGCAGAUCGUCAUAAAAUUAAAUCUGAUUUUACAUUAUCUUGUCUCUAUUAUUACUUGAAUAACUGACCUAUUCAAAUGGGCUUUUUGUUUUUUACGAGUGUUUUCAACAUUUUUAGUUACUCAUGUCUUCUGUUGCAAAAAUUAACCUUAUUAUUAUCUUUUCCUUUUUCCCACAUACACAAUUUGCGCAUUCUACAUCAGCUGACAUGUUUUUUACGUGCGUGCAUAGUAGACUCUUAAAUAUCUCGUUUUCAUCAAAACUUUUCUUUACUGGACUUUAUUUUUUUGUUACCUCUGGUGGCUAACACAACAAGUUCUCUGAAAUUGAGAGAGAGAAACGGCGAACAUUGAAAAAAAAUUAUGUGCACUGGAACAACUCGCUUACUUUUCUAACAUACCCGAAAAGACAAAAGGGUGGAGUCAAAGGCUUGAUAGUAAAUCGCAGUACACCCCCAAACUGCCAUCUUAAUCUUCAACCGAGCUUCUUACCCAAUUUUCUUUGCAUCUCUUCAUUUUUUUCCGUCUUGUUCAUGGGAAAUCUUCUUGAUCUUCCGAAUUCAAAGUUUAUAGCGAGAUGGCUCGAAUGAUCCGCAGUUUUCGCAUCAUAUUGUGGUGCCUCUCGUUUAUUUCUAUUUGUCUCUACAUCACAGCCGCAAUGACCGAAAGUUCCAUCAACCAUCGUAUCAUCCCACGUACACAGUGUUUGACGUGUAAUCCUCAUCAAGAGUUUCCAUAUCAGAUUUUGAAUCACCUCUCCCAAAUUUCAUUUUUCACCAAAAUCAAUUUUGCCGUGGAUUUGUGCAUUUUUGUCAUCACCACUUUCAAUUUAGUCAAAGAUAAUCAAAGUGGAGCUGGCGACUUCCUCAUUUCCAUUGGCGUUUUCUGCAAAAUCUAUCUUAUCCCGUACAUGCUCUACAACUUCUUUUCUGGAGCCCACAGUCCUGCACACAAUAUCUCCUAUCUCCUGAACAACGAGGUGUGUGGAACUCUUGGAAACUGCCUGAAUGGAAACGUCGCUCGUAUCAUGUACAGCUGCAUUUCGGUCACUAUUAUUAUGAUGCUUGCGUUUCCGGCUCUCAUCGCUUCUUGGGGUGUCAUGUACAUCAUCUUCGUUCGGUAUUUUGAUCAACCGUUGCCAAUGGUCACUGAGCAACUUGACGAUCUUCCCGCUUACAGCGUACUGUUCCCAGAUUCUCAACAGCUAUUGAAAAAAGAAGAUGAAUGCUAAAAAUUGUUCAAACAAAAAGAAAACUUGUAUAAUUUGACAUGUUCAAAAUUCCAGUUGAAAUAAAUUAUAUACCAUAA